GUUUAAAGAGACGCUUUUACAACAGAUAACGAAAUGGACUUGUUCCUGUUGCAGUUGGAGGUCUAAGUCCAGGUGAUGAUUUCUAAUCCAAACAUCAAGGACUACUGAAUAUAUAUGUAAACAUACUAUCUAAAGUUCAAUGAUGGAUCAAAAUCAACAUUUAACUAACUCCCCAGAGACCCUGUCUUCAAGUGAAAGAAAAUCCAAGUGUUGUGAUGGAUUUAAGAUGUUUUUGGCAGCCCUGUCCCUUGGCUACAUUUGUAAAGCACUGGGAGGAGUGAUUAUGAAAAGUUCCACCAUUCAAAUAGAAAGGAGAUUUGAAAUAUCAUCAUCUGUCGUUGGCUUGAUUGAUGGAAGCUUUGAAAUGGGAAAUUUACUAGUCAUUGUAUUUGUAAGUUACUUUGGGUCCAAACUAAACCGACCAAAGAUAAUUGGAAUUGGUUGUUUCAUUAUGGGACUUGGAAGUAUUUUUACUGCUUUGCCACAUUUCUUCAUGGGAUAUUAUAGAUAUUCCAAAGAUUUCUCUGCUAAUCCAUCAAGCAAUUUAACAUCAAGUUUACCAGUAUGUUUACCCAACCAAAAUGUGUUACUCAAUAGAACCUCAACUAACAUGGUAGGAAAAGGUCAUGAAAAGGAAUCUGGUUCAUACAUGUGGGUAUUUGUUCUACUGGGUAAUAUGCUUCGUGGCAUUGGUGAAACCCCCAUAGGACCUUUGGGGAUUUCUUACAUUGAUGAUUUUGCUCAAGAGGGACAAUCUUCUUUUUAUUUAGGUAUCUUAAAUGGAGUUGCAAUGAUUGGUCCAAUCUUUGGCUUUUUGAUGGGAUCUGUGUUUUCUAAAAUGUAUGUGGAUAUUGGCUAUGUAGAUCUGAGCACUAUAAGAAUAACUCCUAAGGACUCGCGUUGGGUUGGUGCUUGGUGGCUCAGUUUUCUUGUGUCUGGACUUUUAGCCAUUAUUUCUUCCAUACCCUUCUUUUUCCUGCCCAAAAGUUUACAUAAGCAUAACGAAAGAAAAACUUCAGUCUCUUUGCAUCAACUCAAACCAAAUGACGAAAAGACUCAAACAGUUGAUUCAACCAACAGCUCUAGGGAAAACGUGACUGAAAGUCUGGCUGGUAAGGUGCUUUAUAACUGCAGUUGUAUAGAAGAAAUUGGUUUUAAGAAUAAAAAUAACUCAGCAACUUUGGGUGAAUGCCCAAGAAAUUAUCAGUGUAAAAAAAAAUUUUAUGUGUAUAUAGCAAUCCAAGUUCUUUCUAGUCUUGUAUCUUCAUUAGGACAUAUCCCAAUUCUCAUGAUGAUUUUUAAAAAUGUUCAACCUGAACUGAAGUCUCUGGCAGUGGGUUUUCAUUCGCUAAUUAUCCGAGCACUAGGAGGGAUUCCAGCUCCAAUAUAUUUUGGGAUUCUGGUAGAUAAAGCUUGUUUGAAGUGGUCUAUAAAUCGCCAUGGGAAGCAAGGAUCCUGCAGAGUCUAUAACUCUGAAUUUUAUGGAUAUACCUUCUUGGGCUUGACGAUGAUCUUAAAAUUCUCAUCACUUUUCAUAUAUUUUCUAUUAAUUUCUGCUAUGAAGAAAAAGUAUCAAGGAGAAGAUGCCAAGACAUUAGAAAAUGGCGGAAAAGUCACAAAUGAAGUGAACACGGAUUCCUUAGAAAAGGAAGGACAUUUAUUCCCCUCCCGCAGGGUGCACAAGGACACAGUUAUGUAAAGGAGUAAAUGGACCUUUGUUACUCUUUUCAACCAUGUUUUAGUAAAACAAUUAGGUAAUUGUUUUAGUAAUUCAGAAAUAUGUUAUUUUUUGAGCAAUUCUGAGCUCUUCUGAACACUGAACCACUUAUGGAUAUGUACUAAUUAAAUAAAAAAUAA